GUUGCCCACAAGCUGGGUGAAGGAAGGUGCAGAGGCAGUUCCCAGAAGCCCAGGAUGGACAUCAGCCAGGACCUCCCAGCCAUCGACAGCCACAGAGCCCUGCAAAUAUGGAUUACUGAGAACCAAAAGAUGUUGCCACUGCCUGAAAGGGCUCAUGGGAAUUUCUUCGAAGAAUGCUGCUACGCCGUCCUCCAUAUCCCUCAGAGUCCAAAGGCUACCCGGGGAGGAUCCAGCGACCUGCACUACUGGAUUGGAAAGGAUGCCAGCGCAGAGGCCCGAGAGGCUGCGGUCGCCUUUGUGCAACGUCUGCAGGAGGAUCUAGGAGACCAGACUGUGCUGCACCGAGAGUCACAGGGCCACGAGUCCGACUGCUUCCACAGCUAUUUCCACCCCGGAGUCAUCUACAGGAAGGGAGGCAGAGACUCCGCUCUCAAGCUUGUGGAGGCCAACAUGUACAACGUCCAGCGACUGCUUCACAUCAGGGGAAGGAAGCACGUGUCUGCCACUGAGGUGGCCUUGUCCUGGAACAGCUUUAACAAGGGGGGCAUCUUCCUGUUGGACCUGGGCAAGGUGAUGAUCCAGUGGAAUGGACCCAAAGCCAGCAUUUCUGAGAAAGCACGGGCGCUGACUCUGACUUGCAGCCUCAGAGACAGGGAGCGAGGUGGCCGUGCCCAGAUUGCCGUGGUGGAGGCGGAUGCGGAGGAUGAAGCCACCGACCUUCUGCGCAUCAUGGAGGCGGUGCUGGGCUGCAGAUCAGGCAGCCUGUGUGCCUCUGUACCCAGCAACAGCGUUAGCCAGCUACAAAAGGCCAAUGUCCGCCUCUACCAUGUCUUCGAGAAGGGGACAGACCUGGUAGUCCAGGAACUGGCGACCCACCCACUGACCCAGGACCUCCUGCAAGAGGAUGGUUGCUAUCUCCUGGACCAGGGUGGCUUCAAGAUCUACAUGUGGCAGGGACGAAAGUCCAGCCCCCAGGAGAAGAAGGCUGCCCUCAGCAGGGCUGUGGGCUUCAUCCAGGCCAAGGGUUACCCGAACUACACCAAUGUGGAGGUGGUGAACGACGGUGCGGAGUCCACAGCGUUCCAACAGCUCUUCUGGACGUGGUCUAAGGAGCUAGAUAGGAAAAAACACCCAGCGAAGAGUAAACAGGUGCAGGUAAACCUGGAGGUAGGCAAGCUUCACACCCAGCCUGAGCUCGCGGCCCAGCUCAGAAUGGUGGACGACGGCUCUGGGAAGGUGGAGGUGUGGUACAUCCAAGACUUACAAAGGCAGCCUGUGGAUCCCAAGCACUACGGCCAGCUGUGCUCAGGAAACUGCUACCUUGUCCUCUACACAUACCAGAAACUGGGCCGUGUCCAGUAUUUCCUGUACCUAUGGCAGGGCCACCAAAGCACUGUAGAAGACACCAAGGCCCUGCACUGCAGUGCUGAAGAGUUGGACCUUAUACACCAGGGUGCACUGGCACAGGGGCAUGUCACCAUGGGCAGUGAGCCACCCCACUUCCUAGCCAUCUUCCAGGGGCGGCUGGUGGUCUUCCAGGGGAAUGCAGGCAACAAAGGGGAGAGGCCACCCAUAUCCGACACCAGGCUUUUCCACGUGCAAGGGACUGAGAACCACAACACCAGAACUAUGGAGGUGCCGGCCCGUGCCUCCUCCCUCACUUCCGGUGACGUCUUCUUUCUGAUCACAAGUCAUGUUUGCUAUCUCUGGUUUGGGAAGGGCUGUCAUGGGGACCAACGUGAGAUGGCGCGGAUGGUGGUCACUGUCUUCCCAGGGAAUAACAAGGAGACAGUGCUUGAGGGUCAAGAGCCUCUCCACUUCUGGGAAGCCCUUGGAGGCCGGGCCCCCUAUCCCAGUAACAAGAGGCUUCCUGAGGAGGUGUGGAGCAUCCAGCCCCGACUGUUCGAGUGCUCCAGUCACGCAGGCUGCCUGGUCCUCACGGAAGUGGUGUUCUUCAGCCAAGAGGACUUGGACAAGUAUGACAUCAUGUUACUAGACACCCGUCAGGAGAUCUUCCUGUGGCUUGGGGAAGCUGCAGGUGAAUGGAAGAAAGAAGCAGCGGCCUGGGGCCGCGAGUACCUGAGGACUCACCCAGCAGAGAGAAACCUAGCCACACCCAUCGUGGUGGUCAAGCAGGGCCAUGAACCGGCCACCUUUACUGGAUGGUUUGUCACCUGGGACCCCUACAAGUGGACGAACAGCCAGUCCUACGAGGAGAUGGUGGGGGGCAGCCUGGGACCCGGAUCUGCAAUUACUGAGAUGACAGCGGAAGUCCAUAACUUCCAGCUAACUCCGCGGCUGAGCGACAACAAGGCAGGUCGCCCGACACUGCAGGUCUUCAAGGAUUCCCAGGACAGCCCAGAGCAUGAGCUGGGGCUGGACCUCAGGGUGGAUGGCGCAAACCCCAGCAUGAACCACACCAGCAGCUGCAGUGGCUCAACGGUCAAUGGGAGCCUGCCCCGGGAAAGGCUGAUGCACCAGGCACUGGAGGACCUGCCACCGGGUGUGGACCCGGCCCGUAAGGAGUUCUAUCUCUCGGACUCCGAUUUCCAAGACAUCUUCGGGAAAUCCAAGGAGGAGUUUUACAGCAUGGCCAAGUGGAAGCAGCAGCGAGAGAAAAAGAAGCUGGGCUUCUUCUGAUGUGGGGAACCCCGCGCCCCAUAUCCUGAAACUCCUCCUGGGGUAACUCCCACUUCCUAAUAAAAGCCAGUGGCUGGCA